UAAAAGUGGUUUUUCGUGUGGCUUCACGGGAUCCAACGGGGUCCUGGUCCCGUGGAGACUCAUAUCUUUCUUCCAAAACAAAAACCGUGUAGAACCAGAAAAUUCUAGAAAGAAAAGAAUUACAGGCUUGUACAGCAGAAUAAGUCUUCCAGGAUCAACACGACGAACUUGUGACUCGCUCAUCCCCUUCAUCUUCCAAAAUACAACGAACAUGGCGCCUUCGCACCCCGCGGACUGGUUCGCCGAGGUAUCGGCCUUUCGCAAUGACGUCCGGUCUCUGGCUGGCGCUUUGUCCAGUCCCGGCAGCAGUGUCGCACAGGGGCUCGGAGCCCCGUUUUCGCCUCUUGGUUCGACAUUGCAGUCGUCAAUAGAGCAGAACAAGCGACCUCAGCACCAUCCUGUCACUCUAGUUCAUCCAAUGCACGCUUUGAAUUCGGAUUCGCCGUUGUCCAAGCACCAUUUGGAGAAAACUAGGAGGGCAGAGUUAACGACAGAUCGGAAUCGGGUGAUUCCCAGGAGAACUAGCACUACUACGAGUAGUUCUAGUACGAUAAAUGGAUACGGUACAGCAGGUGCCGGUGCAGGUGUUGGAUUCCAACAUCAACAUGAUCAUACCACUAGCGCCUACGCUGGCAGUAGCGCAGGUUGGUCCUCCCGUUUACCAGUACCACCCAUCGUGAAUCCAACUUCUCAAGACUACGCCAGAUGGAAUGCCCGACCGCGAUAUGACUAUGCGAAUGCCGAUGGCCCAAAAUGGUUCUCUUCUGACACCGAUGUCCCAGCUUCACCAUCCUCACUCGCAGCUGGGAAUUUGUUUGGGAGUAGAGGUGGGAACAACUAUGUUAAUUCGGUUGGAAAAACGAGCACAUCGUCUUCAACCUCUUUUGGAAGUAGAGCGGGGUAUAAUUCGCAACAGAUCAAAGCAAGCACGACUUCUAGAAAUAAUCACACUAGUAUUUUUAGUCCCCAGGGGACAUUGGCUCCACCUUUACUCGAUGCAGCGCCAUCCUUUGCAGAAGUUGCGAAGCGCAAACUCGUUCCCCCGCAGGAGGAGACAAGAACGACUUCUUCGAAAAAAGGCACCAAAAAUUUGGGUACUCUAGUUCUAGAGCAGAGCAAUGAGGACGUGAUACAAGUCAUCGUUACUCCAACCUCAGUGGGCACCAUAGUGCAAGAUGCGGAAGAGAUGCAACAGGACCACGAUCAUCACGGAGUAAAAAUACAACAUCAACAGCUAAAAACGACUACCCAAGUAGGUGAUCCUGAUCCAUCAAGUGUGGCCGCUCAAGCACGGAUGGUCAUAGGAGGUGGAAGUAGUCAACAAGAGGGGGGAGAUCAACAUGCUGGCUCAGCAGGUAGCUCAACGCGAUAUCCCAUACGCACUCUGACGUCCCCGUAUCAAGCGUUAGCGCCUGGCGAGAAUGUCGCAGCAUUAUGGCAGUUUUUUUGAUGUUGUAAGAUUGGCGGAUCCACCUUUCAGCAUGCCAAUUUUCUAGUCCUCCUGAUUUGAUGAUCUGGUUUUACCAAGCACAAAGUAUCCUCUUACCGUAUAACGAAGUCUGUAUGGUUGUGCUGCAAAUCUUGAUUGGCUUUUGCCCGUAAAACGGCGAAGGCGUAGGUCCAGCGACGCUCAAAGCACUUAAAUAUACAGCCGGCGGGUUUUCCUCUUUCUACUUUUAGGCUAUCCCUUCUUGCAAUGUAUUUUUCAUUUACCUGCUAGUACUGGAAGGAAUAACCUCCGAUUCCACCUCUAUCGCUAGUAUUCAUUUACUUACAUGAAGGAAUAACCUCCGUUUCCACCUCUAUCGCUAACACUUACCGGAAUGCAACUAUUGCCACCCUCUGAGAAGCACAUCGUGGCAUUGGCGACCAGCAUUCCUGCCAGUAGUACCACAGCCUCAGACAAGGAUGAUGACGAACGCUUUCGGGACUUGUUGCAGCGCAUGCAGCGACAAAUAUUCUCAAGUUCUACGCUGAAUUUAAGGCAGAACCAGUAGCUGAAAGUAGUACUAAUUUUAUCAUUUACUCCCGGGUUUUGUUGUUUAUAGUGUCUACUAGAAUAAAUGACCAUAUGAUCAGGGACACCACACAUAUGACGUUCAAAUAGAGUGUAAAUCUAUUCAAGUAAGAGUAAGAGAUGAACAACUACUACGCUUUCUAAUCCUGGAAGAGGACGGAUCAGCAUCUGUUACGAGCGUUGCAGCUAGUGGACGUGAGGCCGAACGACAGCUCGUGGCGCUGACAGAAGCUCGGAUCAGAGAUCGCCUCCUUCAACAAGGUGGGGAUAAUCUCCAUCAACAAAGUGCGGUUACCACUUUGCUGCCACCGUCAUUUCAGGCGCUGAGCGAACAGCAGAGGUCAUCUUCAUCUUCAAGUUGUAGACCUGCUGGGGGACAAUUAUCUUCAGAUAGCUAUGGAGAUAAUUUUGUUGCUGGGGGAGGCAGGCUUGGCGCUAGCUCUACUACUCCUGCACUAUCGACCACUAGUACGCCUCUAGGUCUACAUUUCGCAGCGUCGCUGCCAACUCCUUCCGAAGUGACUGCUUUAGCAGCUAGCUCGUCUCCAUAUCCACUGGACCAUGCAGUAGGAGACCAAAAGCUUGCUGCCUAUGCAUUUGACCAACAGCUUGCGGAAGAUGGGUUAGCCCCCACUCCAUUCUCAACCACAUCGACUUCCACCAGACUAGACUCUGACUUGCGGACGGAGCAGAUUCGGCGAAAUCUACAAGCGAGUCUGGAUUUUUACCGAAAUAAUAUUCUGCCAUCGACUCUACUGUUAAGGCUUCAAAAUCUACAUGUUAAAUCUUCAAUUGUAGAAAGCUCGUCGUAGCUACAGCAUGAAGAACUGAGGAAUCAGUCGUACUCUCUGCAACUUGUUAAAGAUGAAUCCACCGUUUUCUAAUUGUCGAAAAGCAGCGUGAAUCCCUGUGCCCUUUGGAUGACUUGCUUCGUGAUAGUAGGAACCGUGUUGCGCGCCUCGACGAAGCAGCAGCGCGAAUGAAAGCCAUAGGACUGGAACGCGUCUUACGAAGUGGGGGAACGCCGGUUGGAGAGUAGUAAGGAGAAUUCGCCCUGAGGUUUCUGGAUAGGGGGGCUGUAAUCAUAUGUCAUUUCCAUUUUUUUUCAUAUGAAUACUCGGCAUUCCCAUUCCUUGAUGAAAACGCGAAUAGUUUUGUCAUAAUGUGCUGAUGUUGUCUCAUUAUUAGUAAUAGUUGCAACAAUGAAAGUUUGAAAACAUGAUCAGAUCCGCAAAAUGAGGAUAUUCGUAUCCAGGAAGGAUUAAACAAACUUGGGCCUGCGUUGCCCUGCAACUAAGAUCAGAAAAUAUAGAUCUGUGACCGAUUAAGGACCAAGUCAAGAUCACCAUAAUGGUCGUCUGCACACUUUUUUGUGCGAGAUGCAGUGUAUCCGAGUUGAGAAGACUGGAUGAUUGAUCUAUCUUUUUUCAUCUAUUCGGGUCACAACUGAGCCAGGCAGUUACUUGUAGCUGCUGCGUGGUUCGUGUGAAUGAAUGAGUGAUAAAUUUGUUCUCCCUGUUUCCUGGAGAACGAAGCAAGUCUGGUUGUUAUUGUUUUCUUACGCUUCUAACUUGUGGUUCUUGACGUUGACUUUUCUAGUUAGUUCUUUUACAGAGGUCAACAUGAACAUGUUGAAGACUGGCGAAGCGGCUUCAGCCGCUGAUCAGCUACCUCCAGUUGAAUCGACUUCAGUGACUCGUGUUGGCCUGGGCUUCGGCGGUGUUUUCUAACCCCUUAUGGGUGAGGAUACCGGAGGAGACGUCGCAAACAUCCCUUCGAUGAAAGGGUGUAUUGCUGGAGUUGCCUAACGAGUCGAACAAUUGGGUCCAGAAAACGUGUGGAUCGCCUCGAAAGCGGGUACCAAGCUGCAACAAGCGACGCUAGAGGCCUUGAACAAAGCGGACUUUUUUGCGAAAACUGGUUUUUUACGAAAACUAGUGGAAAUCUAUUCAAUAUGUCCUGUGGGGAAUCUUUGCUUAUAACUCGUCUAAGCACUUCAAAGAGGAAUGGGACGGAUGGAAAGUGGCCUGUGAUCCGAUAUUUGAACUUGAACGUUUUCGUCGGUUGACGAAGUCCUCUCAAAGCAGUAGAUGAACACCACUGAAUAAGAAACUAUAAGUACAACUUGGACUUGUGGCCUUUUAGGAGGGGUGGUAGCGUUUACCUAAAUGUACAGCAGUGCCGUCAUGAAUUUCUCAUUUUGCAGUAUGGUUCAUCAAGUCUUAAAGAAGUAGAUGAUCAAAACUGAAUAGUACCUACUUACAUAGUUACAAGACGAG